AUGCAUCCAGAAAGGCGAGCCGUCCUUGGUGACAGACCAGCCACUGCGGCCGAGUAUCAGCCUCUCACAUGCGAGCAAGACGAUCAAGACUCCGCCCUUGACGGCGCCGCCGGGCUGCUGCAUCACGAGCAUGAGAUACCCUUCUCGUGGCUCGAAUAUAGCAUCUUUGCUUUCCUUGGCGUGGCAAUGCUAUGGGCGUGGAACAUGUUCCUCGCCGCAGCGCCGUACUUUUCCUCUCGCUUCGCCAGCGACGCCUGGAUCCGGGCCAACUUUCAGUCCGGCAUCCUAACCGUCUCGACCGUAACCAACCUCGGCGCGCUCCUCGUGCUCAGCAACAUCCAGGACUCGGCAUCUUAUCCCUUCCGGAUCAAUCUAGCGCUCCUCUUGAACACUGUCAUGUUCUCGUUGCUCACCGCCUCGACGGCCGUGUUUGUCGACGCCAGCCCCGCCGCUUAUUUCGCUUUUCUUCUCCUCAUGGUGGCCUUUUCCUCGUGGGCCACCGGGCUUAUCCAAAAUGGCGCUUUUGCAUUCGCAGCUAGUUACGGACGACCAGAGUACAUGCAGGCUCUCAUGGCGGGUCAAGCUCUGGCUGGCGUGCUGCCUGCCGUUGCCCAGGUCGCCGCCGUCUUGCUAUUCCCGUCCCCGAACGCGUCCGCCGGCGAGGACAGCGACGGGGGUCUCAGACAAGGGCAGUCCUCGGCAUUCUUCUAUUUCCUCGCCGCAGUGGCCAUUUCCGUCCUUGCCAUGAUGGUUUUUGUUCCCCUCGUCAGACGGCGCAACCGUCGUCUUGAGAACAGAAUGACUGAACGCCUGGCCGAGUCCACGAGCAGCAUAGAGGAGGCGGAGCGGGCCCCUCGAAAAGCCACGUCUCUGUGGCUCCUGUUCCGCAAACUGCGCUGGCUCGCCGUCGGCAUAGCGACCACUUUCGCCGUCACCAUGUUCUUCCCCGUGUUCACGGCCAAGAUCCACUCCGUUCGUGAAGACGCGGGGGCCAUUUUCCGCCCUGCGGCUUUUAUUCCCCUUGGCUUUCUGUUUUGGAACUUGGGUGACCUGGGCGGCAGAGUAGCUACGAUGCUUCCCUUCUCGCUGGGACACAGACCCUUUGCCCUGUUCCUCCUCGCUCUGGCUCGAGUUGCUCAGCUGCCCUUGUACUUGCUGUGCAACAUAAACGGUCGAGGAGCUCUCGUGUCUAGCGACUUCUUCUAUCUGUUUGUGGUUCAGGUUUCUUUUGGCCUGACCAAUGGAUGGCUUGGCUCAAGUUUCAUGAUGGCCUCGGGGGAGUGGGUAGAAGAGGGCGAGAGAGAGGCCACAGGUGGGUUCAUGGGGUUUUGCCUCGUGGUAGGCCUUACGAUUGGCAGUCUGCUCAGUUUCACGGCGUCCGGGACAUGA